CUCCCGCGCCGCAACGCUGAGCAUCCGGGUCGAACAUCCCGGUUGAGCAUCCCUGCUGAGCAUCCUUGCGUCGCAGCGGCCAGAGACGCGUCAAGGCCGGCUGCUGUGAUGGCGGAGAAGGCACUGGAGGCCGUGGGCUGUGGACUGGGCCCUGGGGCUGUGGCCAUGGCCGUGACACUGGAGGACGGGGCAGAGCCCCCUGUGCUGACCACGCACCUAAAGAAGGUGGAGAACCAUAUUACAGAAGCACAGCGCUUCUCUCACCUGCCCAAGCGCUCUGCUGUGGACAUCGAGUUCGUGGAACUGUCCUAUUCCGUCCGGGAGGGGCCCUGGUGGCGCAAACGGGGUUACAAGACCCUCCUCAAGUGCCUGUCUGGUAAGUUCUGUCGCCGAGAGCUGAUUGGAAUCAUGGGCCCCUCUGGGGCUGGCAAGUCCACGUUCAUGAACAUCUUGGCGGGGUACAGGGAGUCAGGGAUGAAGGGGCAGAUCCUGGUUAAUGGGAGGCCACGCGAUCUGAGGACCUUCCGAAAGAUGUCCUGCUACAUCAUGCAGGACGACAUGCUUCUGCCUCACCUCACAGUCCUGGAGGCCAUGAUGGUCUCUGCCAACCUGAAGCUGAGUGAGAAGCAAGAGGUGAAGAAGGAACUGGUGACAGAGAUCCUGACAGCCCUGGGACUGAUGUCCUGCUCUCACACGAGGACAGCCCUGCUCUCUGGAGGGCAGAGGAAGCGCCUGGCCAUUGCUCUGGAACUGGUCAACAACCCGCCCGUCAUGUUCUUUGAUGAGCCUACCAGCGGUCUAGACAGCGCUUCUUGUUUCCAAGUGGUGUCCCUCAUGAAGUCUCUGGCCCAUGGUGGCCGCACCGUCAUCUGUACCAUCCACCAGCCCAGUGCCAAGCUCUUUGAGAUGUUUGACAAGCUCUACAUCCUGAGCCAGGGACAGUGCAUCUUCAAGGGCGUGGUUACCAACCUGAUUCCCUAUCUGAAGGGGCUUGGCUUGCACUGCCCCACCUACCACAACCCCGCUGACUUCAUUAUUGAGGUGGCCUCUGGAGAGUAUGGAGACCUGAACCCCAUGCUGUUCAGGGCUGUGCAGAAUGGCCUUUGCACCAUGGCCGAGAAGAAGAGCAGUCCUGAGAAGAAUGAGGUCCCUGCCCACUGCCCCACUUGCCCUCCGGAACUGGAUCCCAUCGAAAGCCACACGUUUGCGACCAGCACCCUCACCCAGUUCUGCAUCCUCUUCCGGAGGACUUUCUUGUCCAUCCUCAGGGACACGGUCCUGACUCACCUGCGGUUCAUGUCCCACGUGCUGAUCGGCGUCCUCAUUGGUCUCCUUUACCUGCACAUCGGUGAUGACGCCAGCAAGGUCUUCAACAACACCGGCUUCCUCUUUUUCUCCAUGCUCUUCCUCAUGUUCGCCGCCCUCAUGCCCACUGUGCUCACCUUUCCCUUAGAGAUGGCGGUCUUCAUGAGAGAGCACUUGAACUACUGGUACAGUCUCAAAGCGUAUUACCUGGCCAAAACCAUGGCUGACGUGCCCUUCCAGGUGGUAUGCCCGGUGGUGUACUGCAGCAUCGUGUACUGGAUGACAGGCCAGCCAGCUGAGACCAGCCGCUUCCUGCUCUUCUCAGCCUUGGCCAUAGCCACUGCCUUAGUUGCCCAGUCUUUGGGACUGUUGAUCGGAGCUGCCUCCACCUCCUUGCAGGUGGCCACCUUUGUGGGCCCGGUGACUGCCAUCCCUGUCCUCUUAUUCUCCGGCUUCUUUGUCAGUUUCAAGACCAUCCCCACUUACCUGCAAUGGAGCUCCUACCUCUCCUAUGUCAGGUAUGGCUUUGAGGGUCUGAUCUUGACCAUCUAUGGCAUGGAACGAGGACACCUGACCUGCUUAGAUGAACACUGCCCUUUCCGGGACCCACAGAUCAUCUUGCGUGAGCUGGAUGUGGAGGAGGCCAAACUCUACAUGGACUUCCUGGUCCUGGGCAUUUUCUUCCUUGCCCUGCGGCUGCUGGCAUACCUUGUGCUCCGGUACCGGGUCAAGUCUGAGAGAUAA